ACACAGGUUGACAGACACAGGUUGACAGACACAGGUUGACAGAUGAGUGUUUUUAAUAUUUACAAACAUUGUAUUUGUAUUACUUUUACGUUACUAUCUGUUGGAUAAAUGCUAAACAGAAAUCGAUUACCUACGUGAACUUGUUCGAAAACGAAGGUAGAUUUUUCAUAAUUAACUACCUUGCUGUUAUUUAUACAUUAAAAAUGCGGUGUUGUAGAAUAUCAUUGGUUAAGAGAAUAUCUAAUUCAGACAUAACAAGGAAACUCAGCACCAUGGCUAGAAGAAUAGCAGUGUGUCAGAUGACAUCAGUGGCAGAUAAGGCAGCUAACAUGAGUGUUGUCAGUGACUUAGUUAAUAGUGCUGCUAAGGAGGAUGUGAAGAUGGUAUUUUUCCCUGAAGCCUGUGACUAUAUGUGUGAUAAUAAACAGGACACAUUGAAGUCAGCUGAAACAAUACUUAAUGGUGAAACAGUAAACUUUUACAGACAAUUGGCUAUGCAACACAAUGUAUGGAUGUCUAUGGGUGGGGUACAUGAAAAGGAUGAAAAUGAUCCUAAAAAGAUGUUUAAUACACAUAUAAUAAUAAACAACAAGGGGGAAAUAGUUCAAACAUAUAGAAAACUUCAUCUUUUUGAUGUAGAGAUUCCAGAGAAGAACAUCAGGCUUAAGGAAAGUGACUUUUGCACCCCCGGCAGCCAUAUUGUUGCACCCGUUGACACUCCUGUAGGGAAGAUGGGUCUCUCAAUAUGCUACGACAUGCGCUUCCCGGAACUGAGCACAGCGCUGAGUUGCAUGCGCGCGGAGGUUCUGACCUUCCCAUCCGCCUUCACGUAUGCCACUGGCUUGGCUCACUGGCAUAUCAUACUGAGGGCGCGUGCGAUAGAGAACCAAUGCUACGUGGUAGCGGCGGCACAGACCGGGCACCACAAUGCUAAAAGGCGCUCCUAUGGACACGCGAUAUGUGUGGACCCCUGGGGCGAAGUCCUAGCCGACUGUGGGGACUCUGCCCCUUGUUACAAAAUAGCGGAAAUUGAUAGCGAAAAGCUAACAGAGGUCAGGAGAAAUAUGCCCGUGUUUCAACAUAGAAGACCAGACGUCUACUCACUCUACACGCUCAGUGUGCGCAACGAAAUUCUUCCAGAACAUUCUGGCAAAGCAUCGAAUAUCCAAAGGGAUCAGCCCGGGAAUCAAACCCCAGCACCGGCGUGUGAGAUGAAUGUUUUCGGCCACGUUCAAGUGCCAGAGACUUGCGUCUUCUUUAAAUCGCAUUUGACUUAUGCGUUUGUUAAUCUAAGAUGUGUGAUACCGGGCCACGUGCUGGUUGCUCCGCUGCGGCUGGUGGAGAGGAACAAAGACUUGUCGCCUGAGGAGGCGGACGACUUCUACAAAACCAUCAUACUCGUACAAAAUCUGAUGGAAACUGUGCAUAAGACAAAAUCGUGUACAGUCACCAUACAAGACGGACCCGAUGCCGGACAAACUGUCAAGCAUUUACACUGUCACAUAAUGCCGAGGAAAAAAGGGGAUUUCAUAGAAAACGAUUUGAUAUAUUUGGAGCUGGCCAAGCACGAUCAGUUGAAGUCAGGACACCCUUCGAAGCCUGCAAGAUCUUUAGAGGAGAUGGAGAAAGAAGCGGCUACACUUAGAGAAGAGUUGAAGAAGAUUCAUCGAAAUAGUUAAUGAAUACUGAUAAGUAAAGUAAUCCUACUUAAACAGUGUUUCUCAGGGUCAAAACUAGGGGCAGUUUUUAAAUUUAAAUUUCAUUUAAUUUAAUUUUAUUUUAAUUUAUAUACAAUUUAAAAACCGUCAUCAUCUAUUUUAGAAGUUAUUAAUUUUCUUAAUCAAUGUAAAACGAACGAAAAACAUUGUAAUUUCCGCGAACUAACCUCGAUUCGUAUAAAAGUCAAAUCUGUGUGGCUGUGUUAGAUUAUUAUGGUUUUAUUUUAGUGAUAUAAUUUUAUUGUUAUAAACAACGUAAUUAAGUCUAAGAUGUAGAUAUCAAAACAAUUUAGAUUAACCACAUGACCAUGGAAAACGCUAAACUAGACAAGAUAAUAAUAUUAUUUGUAUUUUUAAGACUUAUCUACUUAUAAAUAAAAGAAAUUUGAGGAAUAUUAUUUAUCUUAUUUUUCAAUGUAGGUUCUGCCAAAUAGAUACAUGAUCAUAUUGAAAAUAUCAAAUAUAGCGUUUUAAAGUUAGACAAUAGGCUAGUUGACACUCUUUUUCAAACGGUCAUUAUUGGUUUACUUAUAAUACUUAUCAUAUUUUUUCAAGACGUGAAUACAUAUUUUUUUUUUAAAUUUAUGUAUAUUUAUUUACCCCUUAGUAAUAUAACAUUGUGACGUCACAAAAUGGACAACUGUGUGUUUGACGUUAGUAAAAAUUGAUAGAAUACGUCAUUUUAAAAUUAAGUUUUCUUUGAAAUCCUUAACUCUUAUUGAUUAAUAUACCUAUAUUUUGGACCCUUAUUCUAUGUACCUACUAUACGAAAUCAAUCGUUUAUAUUAAAUUUGAUAUGAGUCAACCACCCUUUUGAGGAUCUGGAACCUUGAAACCUGUUACUAAACUUCUAAAGCCACAUCACAAAACAAAAACAAACUAUUAGGGACCUACAUCUACCAAAUAUUAUUAAAAAAAUCUUUAAAACAAAUAAAAGAAAAAAAAAGCAAAACAACAUCAGAAUAAAUCUUGUUGUUUAUCAUCCGAAGUUUGUUUACGUCGACAGGUACUCUGGAUUAACGUGCUAAUUUAAUUAGUAGCCCUUCAUUUUCUAAUUACCAGGUAAUUACGUAGAUAGUAAUUAAAUUAAUAAACAUUCAGUAACAAAAUAAGAUACAUUUUUCAUGUAAAUAACAUUUUAAUAAAUGUAAUUCUCCUAAUUA